CAUUUCAGGAAACCUUAGGCAGUCCUGUUCUGGGUCCUGGGACACCGUGUGCACUGAAUUUGCGUGACUGUACAGACGCUAAGUGCUCAGUCUAUGGGAGUUGUUGAGUAUUCGUAUACCCUACGUAUAGGAGCCACGUCACACUGGCAGCAAACAGAUGUGCGCACAGAGACGUUGUGCUGCUUCCCUGAGGUUGCACAGCUGACAGCUGCAGACAAGUCACCACAGGCUCGGCCAGGCCAGCAUGGUGGACCACUUGCUUCCAGUGGACGAGACCUUCUCGUCACCGAAAUGCCCAGUGGGAUACCUGGGAGAUAGGCUGGCCAGCCGGCAGCCAUACCACAUGUUGCCCUCGCCCAUCUCCGAGGAUGACAGCGAUGUCUCCAGCCCCUGCUCGUGUGCCAGCCCUGACUCGCAAGCCUUCUGUUCCUGCUACAGUGCAGGUCCGGGCCCUGAGGCCCAGGGCAGCAUCUUGGAUUUCCUCCUGUCCCGGGCCACACUGGGCAGUGGUGGUGCCAGUGGAGGUGUCGGAGAUGGCAGUGGCUCUGUGACCUGGGGAUCGUGGAGGAGAGCCUCUGUGCCUGUGAAGGAGGAACAUCUUUGCUUCCCUGAAUUUCUGUCAGGGGACCCUGAUGAUGUCUCCAGGCCCUUCCAGCCUACCCUGGAGGAGAUUGAAGAAUUCUUGGAAGAGAACAUGGAGGCUGAGGUCAAGGAGGCCCCAGAGAGCAGCAGCAGGGACCUUGAAGCCUGUAGCCAGCUCUCAGCUGGGUCACACCGGAGCCACCUCCAUCCAGAGUCCGGUGGGAGAGAGUGCCGUACCCCACCACCAGGUGGCACCAGUGGGGGUGGUACCCAAGGUGCAGGUGAGGGGUCAGCUCAUGAUGGCCCCAUGCCGGUGCUACUGCAGAUCCAGCCUGUUGCUGUGAAGCAGGAAGCAGGUGCAGGGCCAGCCUCCCCAGGGCAGGCCCCGGAGAGCGUCAAGGUCGCCCAGCUUCUGGUCAACAUCCAGGGGCAGACCUUUGCACUCCUGCCUCAAGUGGUACCAUCCUCCAACUUGAACCUGUCCUCAAAGUUUGUGCGAAUUGCGCCUGUGCCCAUUGCCGCCAAACCUAUUGGCUCAGGAUCCCUAGGGCCCGGCCCUGCUGGUCUCCUUGUGGGCCAGAAGUUCCCCAAGAACCCAGCAGCAGAACUUCUCAAAAUGCACAAAUGCACUUUCCCAGGCUGCAGCAAGAUGUACACCAAGAGCAGCCACCUCAAGGCCCACCUGCGCCGGCACACAGGCGAGAAGCCCUUUGCCUGCACCUGGCCGGGCUGCGGCUGGAGGUUUUCCCGCUCAGAUGAGUUGUCACGGCACCGACGAUCUCACUCGGGUGUGAAGCCGUACCAGUGUCCCGUAUGCGAGAAGAAAUUCGCGCGGAGUGACCACCUCUCCAAACACAUCAAGGUGCAUCGCUUCCCACGAAGCAGCCGCGCAGUACGCGCCAUCAACUGAGCGCAGUGGCCGCCCUCCCCCUCCCCCACCUCCACAUUUUGUUUUUAAAUGCAAUAACUUAUUGCCUCUUUCAGAAGGAUGUGACAAUAUUACCAGUCCCCCUUCUGAAUCUUAGGAGGUAUGACCCAGAGCCGCCGUGGCUGCCUUUCCGGGGAGGACCCAGAGUCCCCAAGGUCCCUGGGGGCUGGUUCCCCGGUGGCCCAGGUGGCCCAGGCAGGCCUGUGCCCUUGUGCCUUUGUGCCUUCCUGCCAGCUGGAAGCAGUGUUUGGGGGGCCCUUGCCCUCCUCCCAUUGGGCUCCCUACCAGGGCCAAAGCCAACAUUAUCACUGGGGAAGAAGUGUUUUGGCUGUGUCGAAAUAGUAGCUCCCAGAGGAAGCCAUGCUGAGAAAAAGGAAGUAGGUCAAAAGCGCAGGGCUGUACUGUGGUGUGAGGACCGCCAUAUGCAAGAGACCUCUGAGGGUCCAGGAGGAUGGCCACCCUCUAGGCCCUAACGCAUGUGCUUAAAUGCAAGACAAAUGGAGCCAUAUCCAUCCAUACCCAGCCUGGCUCACCCUCCUCCAGACGCGAACCUCCUGGCUGUGGUGGGAAGGGAAGGGAGCAGGUCUGUGGAUGCAAAGCGACUAGCUAGCGCCUCCCAGUCUGACUUAGAUCCGCAUUCCUCGUCAGGUCUAGAAAUUAGUACCAAUUGAACUAGCUUGUUUCGACAGGUCUGUUUCACAUCCUAUGAAUGUAUGUAAAUAAACUGUACAUAGGUGCGCAUCUACAUAAAAUAUCUUUUAAUAACACGUUGACAUUUGUGUAAAUUUGAAAUUUAAAAAAAUUCUAUGAAGUCAGUGUACAUAUGUUACAAUUAUGUAUAUUUUCUUUGGUCCUUCAUAAAAAAAUAUAUUUACUUUGCCAAUAAAAGAGAGA